AUGCCCAAGUCGAAGCGCAACAGAGUGGUCAACCUGACCCAGGUGAACAAGAAGACGCGCGAGCAGAAGGACAAGCUCUUCGCCAACAUCCGCGAAUCGGUCCCAGAGUACCAGCACUGCUUCGUCUUCGGCGUCAACAACAUGCGCAACAACUACCUCAAGGAGGUCCGCCACGAGCUCAACGACUGCAGACUCUUCUUCGGCAAGACAAAACUCAUGGCCAAGGCCCUCGGCCAGGACCCCUCCUCGGCCGUCGCCGACGGCAUCGACCGCCUGACCCCCUUCCUCGCCGGCACCGUCGGCCUCCUCUUCACCAACCGCGACCCGGCUGCCAUCCUCUCCUACUUUGACGGCGUCAGCCCUGUCGACUUUGCGCGCGCCGGCACCGUCGCGACCCGCGGCUUCUCCAUCCCCUCGGGCGUCGUCUACGCCACCGGCGGUGAGGUCCCCGCAGAGCACGACGUGCCCCUCGAGCACAGCAUCGAGCCCGAGCUGCGCCGCCUCGGCAUGCCCACGCGCAUGAUCAAGGGCCGCGUCUGCCUCGGCGACGCCGAGGGCGGCGGCGACGACUACGUCGUCUGUCGCGAGGGCGACGUCCUUGACAGCAGGCAGACGAGGCUGCUGAAGCUGUUUGGCAUCUGCUUGAGCGAGUUCAAGGUCAAGGUCCUGGGAUACUGGAGCGCCUCCACAGGAAAGGUGACGGAGGUCAACCCCAACGCCAUGGACGGUGUCGAGGACGAGAGCGACUGA